AUGGUUGAUGAAGAACGACUCCAGCGAAUAAAAGCCGGUGCAUUCCUGGCUUCGGUUGCUGGAUUAUCAGCAUUUAUUGGUUUUAGUGCAACUUUAUCAGUUGCCAAGAAAUCUGACCCCAAAUAUUUUAAUAAAGGGUUACAUAGUUCUGCUGAAUUAGCAGAUGCCGGUGCAAUACUAGCAUUACGAGCUCUAGGCUGGGGUACUCUUUAUGCAAUAGGUGGUACAACAUGUUUGUGUUAUGGUAUAUGGAAAUUGUCAGGCGCUAAAGAUCUAAAAGAUUUCAGAAUGAAGAUGGGAAAUUUAUUGCCUGUUUUACCAAAAAACAAUCCUCCCCAAUCAAGAACUGAAUUUAGUGGAAUGAAUGAUUUAUUGACAUAUAUAUCAGAAGAAUAUGGAAAAAAAUAG